AAACGCAGUCUUAUGACCUUGAGGCGGUUCUUUACGAGCACGAGAACGAGUCUGUUUGAGGAAGCAGGAGGUAGUGAGUUGUGGGAGGAAGAAGGUGAUGGGAGAAACGCAGCUGAAGACAAUAAUGAUUACAGGGGUGAGUCGAGGAUUAGGGCGGGUGCUGGCACUGGAGAUAGCUCGCCGUGGCCACAGCGUGGUUGGCUGUGCUCGCUCUCAGGAGAAGCUUCAUGCCCUAAUGGCGGAUUUAACACGGGAUGAUCCCCCUUCUUCUUCUUCGUCAUCAUCCUCCAAGCAUCUUCUCAAACAUCUUGACGUGAGAUCUGACAACAGCAUGAAGGAGUUCGCUAGGCUUCUCGUCGAAGAAAGAAAGAUACCAGAUAUUAUAGUAAACAACGCGGGGACGAUCAAUAAAAACAAUAAAAUAUGGGCUGUGCCAGCUGAAGAAUUUGAUAUGGUGAUAGAUACCAAUAUAAAAGGAACAGCCAAUAUACUUCGUCACUUCUUGCCACUUCUAAUAGAAAAGAAGCAAGGAAUUGUCGUAAACAUAUCCUCCGGCUGGGGAAGAUCUGCUGCUGCAGAGGUGGCUCCCUACUGUGCUUCAAAAUGGGCAAUAGAAGGCCUGUCAAAGUCUGUGGCCAAGGAAUUACCUCCCGGUUUAGCAAUUGUUGCGCUGAACCCUGGGGUUGUAAAUACAGACAUGCUUGCCUCAUGUUUUGGAAGUAAUUCUGCCCUUUAUCAGUCGCCUGAAUCCUGGGCUCCAAGAGCAGCUACAAUGAUACUUAACCUGACAUCAGAAGAUAAUGGCGCUUCCCUCACAAUCUGAAUGGAGAGUCAAUUUUUAACUUCUUUAAUAUUGUUUCUGAAGCUUUUCUUCUCUUCUGGUCAUUGGGAACACGAAAUCAGCUUUACAUGGGAUGGUUGGUGAAGUAAGAAUUCUCCUUUUGAUUCUAUUAAUGACUGGCUUUGUUUUCAACAAUGCUUCCAUUUCCAUCUUAAUACAUUCAUUCUGGUUUAUACGUGGAGUAUUGUGAAAUUA